AUGAGUGAAUAUAAGAAAACAAAAGAAUCGUACAAAUAUUUCAACUUUCUUAAUCCAGAACCAGGUGAAGAAGUUGUUAUUUCUGGAAUCGCUGGUAGAUUUCCGGAAUCUAAUAAUGUAGAGGAAUUGAAACAUAAUCUUUUUAACCGCAAAGAUUGCAUCACCGAUGAAAACUGUCGUUGGAAACUAGAUCAUCCAGAAAUUCCAAAGCAUACUGGCAAAAUCAACAAUAUUGAGAAAUUCGAUGCAUUAUUUUUUGGAAUACAUUUUAAGGAAGCACAUACGAUGGAUCCUAUGUGCAGAAUGAUGCUCGAACAUACUUACGAGGCUAUAGUAGAUGCUGGGUAUAAUCCAGAGGAUAUUCGUGGAUCAAAGACAGGUGUAUUCAUAGGUACAUGUUUUUUUGAUUCCGAAGCAACAUGGCUCCACAGUAAACUUCAGACAAAUGGUUUUGGAAUCACGUGCUGUAGCAGGGACAUGAUGGCUCAAAAUAUUUCAUUUUGGUUGGGUGUAACUGGACCGUCUUCUCUAAUUGAUACAGGGUGUAGUUCAAGUCUUUACGCAGUGGAACACGCUUAUCGGGCUAUACGUAGUGGACAAUGCGAUUAUGCGAUCGUUGGUGGAUCGAAUCUUUGUCUCCACCCAUAUGUGUCACUACAAUUAUCUCGUUUAGGAGUGUUGAAUCAGGGUGGUCGUUGCAAAGUUUUCGACGAAGAUGCAAAUGGUUACACCCGUAGUGAAGGUGUCUCUGUAGCAUUUCUACAAAAAGCAAAAACUGCUAAGAGAAUAUAUGCUACGAUUAUUCAUGCGAAAACGAAUUGUGAUGGUUAUAAACAAGAAGGAAUAACAUUUCCAUCUAACAAAAUGCAAAGUACUCUUUUUAAAGAAUUCUACAAAGAAUGCAAUGUAUCAACGGAUAGUAUUCCUUACAUCGAAGCUCAUGGUACCGGAACGAGAGUCGGAGACCCUGUAGAACUGAAUUCAAUAGAUCAAAUUUUCUCUAAAAAUACCACUAGAUCUCUUAAAGUUGGUUCCAUUAAAUCGAAUAUGGGACAUACUGAAGGAGCCAGUGGAAUUUCUUCCAUUGCAAAGGUGAUUAUAUCGAUGGAAUCAGGCCUAAUACCACCAAAUAUUAACUUUCAUACACCACGCAAAGAAGUUAUAGAAAGACGAAACGACGUUGUUACGGAGCCAACUCCGUUAGAUGGUGAAUACAUAGCCAUUAAUUCUUUCGGCUUCGGAGGUGCUAAUGUAUAUCUAAAAUAA